GUAUCUAAUUGAAAAAUACAAAGUAAACAGCUAUUUGUAUAUCGUAUUUACCGUUAGGAUAUCAUAUCGUCUGGCUCGAAAAGGCUCAUCACUGGCAGUUUUCUUAUCGACAGAGAGUGCAUUGAAUUAUGUUGGGAGCAAUGGCAGUGUAACCUCACACUCGGACCCGCCUGCCCUCGCCAUGCUCCUGCGUAUGCCAAUGCUGGUGGCGCGUUAUUUGCACAACGGAAGACUUCGUUUGCUGUUCGUGGCGUUGAUUGUAAUACUGAUAGGCGGCCUUGCCCUCACGUACAAUUGGGAAAAUGAUUUGCAGCAGUGCUUCAUGGACAUCGAAGAGGCAAUACAGUCGACAGUGGCAGGUGCAGACCCGCUGGCACCCAUCCGCCUAGAGGAUGUGCUGCAGGCGGAGCCCAGGCCCACGCCCGGACGGAGCAUAUUCUUUCACGAAACCAGUUGCCAUCAGGCCGAGAACAAAAAGUACAAAUUGCUGCAGCUAACCGCCCGUCAAGCAUGCGCAAUCGAAUCUGCUGCAUUGCAUAAUCCGAAUUUCCAGGUGUUCGUCUUGUUUGCCGGUCCCACCUACCGAGCUACCCCUCGCGGACGAAACAGCAGCAGCCAGCAACCCCUUGUCGAUGCCAUCUUAAGCUACAGCAAUGUCCAUUUGCGGAAUCUGAAUCUAUGGCGCUACGCUGCGGGCACACCCAUCGAGGAAUGGCUCAAGGACGGUAGUCUGUUUCGCUCGCGAUAUUUGUUCUCCCACAUCUCUGAUUUCCUGCGUUAUUUGACUCUGUUUCGCUAUGGUGGCCUGUAUCUGGACAUGGAUGUGGUCGUGCUGCAAAAAAUGGAGGACGUGCCACCCAAUUACACUGGAGCCGAGUCCAAUACUCACCUUGCCGCUGGCGUCAUGAGCUUGGCAGCCACUGGCUUUGGUCAUGAGAUUGCCGAGUCCUGUCUGCGCGACUUUCAACACAAUUUCGCAGGCGAAGAUUGGGGAAACAAUGGCCCAGGCGUGAUAACACGCGUGGCCCAACAGAUUUGUGGCACCAAGGACAUCGCAGUGAUGCAAGAGGAUAGCAAACGAUGCUUGGGCUUCAAGGUGUAUGGUCGAGGCGCCUUCUACGCUGUGCCGUGGAAGCAGUGGCGGGACUUCUUCGAGCCCGACAAACUGGAGGAGACCAUGGCCCGCACCAAAGACUCGUAUGUGGUGCAUGUGUGGAACAAGCACUCGAAUCAGCUAGCGAUCAAAGUUGGUUCAACCAGCGCCUAUGCCAAAUAUGCCGAAAAAAAUUGCCCGCGUGCCUACCAUGCGGCGGGUGAAUAUUUCUAGAAAUAUUAACUGGAAAGUUCUCUCGUUUAAGUCUUUUGUAUAUCGAUGUUUCCCGCUGAAAUCCAAAGAGUUAUCGCCCUGCGAGGCAUCGUUUAUAGUUUGUAUUUGUAGCUCAUUUGUUUCUUAUAUUUUUGUUUGUUUAGCAAAGCAGAGCAAACAGCACGCAUUCCGAUAAAACAAACAAAAAGACGAACAGUCGUACAGACAUAAGUAUAUGUAUGUAUAUGUGUGGGUAUGAUUGUAUAGCAUGGAUCUGGCUAUUUAGACACAUACUAACUCUCGUUUAUUAUCUUAAAUACUCAUUUAAUUGAUUCUCUGAAAACGAAUCUGUAUUUAUAAUAAUAUUUGCACAAUAUUAUUUGCAUCCCCAUUGGGAAUUAAUUCUGAUAACAGAAUAUUAACACACGAACAAAAUGAAAAAAAAAGGCUAUCAGUCUGGCGGGUCGAGGAUAGCAAUGUGUGUACGAUGUUGAUUCACCCACCGGGAUGUGAAGGAAAGUUUAAAGAUAAGAAUCCGAAACAGAACUAAGAUAUUUCAUAAGUAUUUUUUGCAUGUAUACAAAAUGAGUUGGGGCUUGGUUGGAGGGCGUGGUCGCAAAAUGUAUACAAAUAUUUUGUGAAAAUAUAUCGUCUAUGAGCCGGGAACUCCUUCAGCAUGGGAAUGGAGAUUACGGUACUCACAUUACUCACAUAGUCUGGAUGUACACAAAUAGUAAAUAAAAAUAUAUCAAAU